AUGGAAGUAGCGCCGCUGUCAAAACCUUAUCAUCUCGAGCCUGAUGGAUUCAUCACCACAGACAGUAAUCAUCAUUCAGAGUACGCACCUGCUCUAUCAUCCUCACGAGCACUCGCUCGCUUUGAGUUUGAAGCAGACCGAGGGAAUGACGGAACGAAAAUACUGAUGGUGGAGUGGUCCGAUGAGGAUGGAGAUUCGGACUGGGAGAUUUCCUGGGAGGGCAAGACAACAGUCCUCCCGGCAAAAGAAGUUUCGCAUGAUAAUUUGCUAAGGAUUUAUUUUCUACUGGCUCCUGGCGCGAGUAUUCCACGUAUUGUAGGAAUUUCCCGGAUCGGGACAAAAUCAUUACACUUGCAAACAAACCCGCUACCCGCUAUCUUUCCCCCUGAACUUGGCGUUGUGUCUCAUGGUCGCAAAGGAGUGCUUCAUACUCUAUGGGCCAAGGCAAGGCUGUCUAUAAUACAGAAAGAGAUUGAACUCGAGAUGAAGAAUGGCGAAGGGGUCGGAUUAGAGAUGGCUCUACAAGAAAAACAAUGGAUAAUUGAUAAUUUCGGAGUUGCAUCGAAACAUGUACCCGAGCUGCAAUAUACUAUGACGCCUACCAAACUUUCAUCUCUCGGAAGUCAAAAGGCUUGUCAAAAUUUGAAGUCAGGGCUUGCAUCAGGAGGAAGAGGCUCACAGGCAAACGUGCCUAUGUCUGCGACGAACGAGCACAACUUUACUUCUGAUCACUUUUCUGAAUACCCUCUACCUAUAGACUCGGAAAAUGCUACUACAGCCUUGCGCCCUACUCCAACAUUUACAAGCCGCUCGUUCUCAAACCAGCAGCCCUUUAAAACAGAGUUAUCUUCUGGUAAUAUUACUGGCUCGAUAGAUUCAAUUACAAGAAAUCGAAUUCAUCCAGAAGAUGAAUUUGAACCAGAAGACGAGCUCUUUGCGCUAAAACUUAGCCCUCGAAGCCCAGAAAUGAUUAGAAGCCCCUUCAGUCUAGUCGGAAAUUUUUGA